CAGAGAGGGUCUAUCUGCCUGACUGUCCUUCCUGUAGCAGUCUCUCCUCUCACACCACCUCAGUGCUACAGACUCCCUCUGCGACCAUGUCUGUCAGAGCCUUGAAGACCACCACCUACUCCACCGCGUCGUCCUCUGCCAGGGGCCCAACCCAAGGCUUCAGCAGCCGCUCCUUCUCCGGCUAUGGGGGUGCCAGGCAGAGCUACGCUGUCCGCAGCUCCUAUGGGGGAGUGGGCAGCAGUGGGGCUGCUGUGGGUGCUGGGGGGUUUAAGGUGGCCGGUGGGUAUGUUGCCGGGGGCUCUGCGCAUAGAGGAGGUGGGGUAGAGUUUGGCUAUGUGGGCUUCAGUGGAGGCAUGGGAGGUGGCAUGGCCCAUGAGGUGGUGGCCCCCAUCACGGCGGUGACUGUGAACAAGAGCCUGCUGGCACCGCUGAACCUGGAGAUUGAUCCCACCAUCCAGGCCGUCCGCACGCAGGAGAAGGAGCAGAUCAAGAGCUUGAACAACCGCUUUGCCACCUUCAUUGACAAGGUCCGCUUCCUGGAGCAGCAGAACAAAAUGCUGGAGACCAAGUGGAAGCUUCUGCAGGAACAGACCACAUCUCACUCCAACGUCGAUGCCAUGUUCGAAGCUUACAUUGCCAACCUGCGUAAGCAGCUGGACAACUUGGGUCACGAAAAAGUCAAACUGGAAUCUGACCUGCAUCACAUGACGGGCCUGGUUGAGGACUUCAAGACCAAGUAUGAAGAUGAGAUCAACAAGCGCAAUGAAUGUGAGAACAACUUUGUCCUCAUGAAGAAGGACACAGAUGCCGCCUACAUGAUCAAAGUGGAUCUGGAAGCCAAACUGGAUGGGCUCUCUGACGAGAUUGAGUUCUUGAGGCAGAUCUACGAUGCAGAAAUCCAUGAGCUGCAGGGCCAGAUCAAGGACACAUCCGUUGUGGUGGAGAUGGACAACAGCCGCAACCUUGACAUGGAUGCCAUUGUCGCUGAAGUGCGUGCCCAGUAUGAAGAUAUUGCAAACCGCAGCAGAGCAGAAGCAGAGUCAUGGUACCAGACUAAGUACGCAGAAAUGCAGCAGUCCGCCAGCAGAUAUGGUGACGACCUGAAGUCCACCAAGGCUGAGAUGGCUGACAUGAACCGCAGGAUAAUGAGGCUCCAUUCUGAAAUUGAUAUAGUUAAAGCACAGCGAAACAGUUUGGAAACUCAGAUCGCAGAGGCCGAGGAGCGCGGUGAGCUGGCAGUGAAGGAUGCCAAACUCCGCGUGAGAGCGCUGGAAGAAGCUCUCCAGAGAGCCAAGCAGGACAUGGCCCUGCAAGUCCGCCAAUACCAGGAACUGAUGAACGUGAAGCUGGCCCUGGACAUUGAGAUCGCCACCUACAGGAAACUGCUGGAGGGAGAAGAGGACAGGUUAUUAACUGGAAUCAAGACCAAUAUAUCCAAACAGACAUCUGUGAACUACAGUGCCUACGGCCUGGAGAGCUCCCGCACCCCGUCCUACGUCAGCGGCUCCUUUGGUGGAAUCAGAGCAAGCAGCGGUUCAACAACUGCCCUCGAGGGAGCAGCCGUGAAGAGCACCACAGUCACCAAGACAGAAACCGUGGUGAUCAAGGCCGAGGAGAAGAAGACAGAGGAGGGGAAGGAGGAGGAGAAGGAGGAGGAGAAGGAGAAGGAGAAGGAGAAGGAGAAGCAGGCAGCGACCGAGGAGCCAGCUGCUGUGGAGCAGAGGGAGGAGGAGAAGGUGGAGGCUGAAGCUGUGGCUGAGGAAUGAUGUGUUCAGGCUCAUGGUUUCCAGUCUUGGAUGUUAAGGAAUAGUACACCAACAUAUGUUCAUCACCCAGUUCUCAAACUGUUCAUUCACCAAAGUGCCCUCACCAAAUCCUGGGUGUGUUUCUACUGUAAGAGAUGUCAACUCAACUUUCUGUCAGAUAUCCUGAAUGAAGAGGUGUUUCUGUUCUGGAUUCUGGAAACUUUAGUUCUGUAUGUGUGUUUUAAUCAGUUAAAAUAAAGUAAAAAGAGUCACUGCCAGUGGUUUAGUGAUCACGUCAAUACACAUGUUUAGACAACAGAUGGCAGUGCUGUGCCUGUUUUCCUAUGCUCCAUAUAAGCGCUGUCAGAACUUGAAAUUUUACAUUGAAUCUUGGGAAAAAGAAACAAUUGCUAUGAUACACUACUUAACUAAACAUGCUGUAUCCCUAAACAGUAGAGUUUAGAUCACUCACGGUCGUCUUCAUGACUACUAAUUUUUUCAGUGUGCUACUGUUGGCAACACCUGGGCUCCUGUUGCUCAACAAUAAAUAUUCUUCAAACUGCGA